AUGACCUCGGAAAUCGCUACCAAUAUGGUUCCUACAAAAAGGGAACCUAUUCAAAUAAAGGACGAUCCUGAUCCAGGACUAGCUACAGCCUCAAGAUCUACAGCCACGGCGCUAGUUAAGGUCAAGAAUGAGGAGUCCGAUAAUGACAAAGUAGACACCACGCUACCAGAUGCCGGACCAGGCGACAUGUUUCAAGACGUUGAUGCCCCCGAGGUCGUUGAUCUCACAUACGAGGGAAUCGCGGAGAUCAAUGGAGUAGACCACUUUGUGUGUGAAGAUUGCAUUGAUAGCGGCCAUAUUGUACUAGAUCCCGAUUACCAAAGAGAGGUAGUGUGGGACGAAGGUCGUGCUUCACUCUUGAUCACCUCCAUUUUGAUGGGAUACUUUAUUCCUCCCAUCAUAUUUAAUGUCAAGAACCGUAUUGUUAACAGAAAUGGCCAGAAGGAGGUCGUUUAUACCCGGAUAUGCGUCGACGGAAAGCAGCGACUGACUUCUGUUCACAAAUUCAUGAAAGGUCAAAUUGGCUUUUUUGACUCUAACUCGCCUCAGAAGAAGUGGUACUUCUGCCACCCUGUUGUCAAUGGGCAUGAAACCUUCAGCAAUCAUAACAUAUUGCCGAGGGCCGUGAAGGAAUUCUUUGUCAAGCAAGCCUUCUGCUGCUAUGAGUACGAUGAACUGACACUAGAAACCGAGGAAACGAUGUUCCAGCUUGUCCAAAGAGGUAUCGCACUUACUCCAGCCGAGAAGAUGCGAGCUAUGUCUACAGAGUGGGCUACCUUUACAAAACAAUAUGAAGAUGACUACACUCUCAUUGUCAACUUAUCAAAACAAAAUCGUGCCUCUGGAUUUCGGUUAAUUCUGACAGUCUUCACAAUGAUCCAAGAGGUCAUGUCAGGGAAGCGAAAAAGAUCUUCUGCUCCAACUCUUCAAGCAAGUCCUCAAGCUCUGCUCAAAAUGCUUGAUGACAAAGCCCCAAUUGAAGAUGUCCUCAAACUGAAGUUCAAAGCUAUCUUCGACCGGUACGAGAACUUGGUAAAGCUCUCAUCUACCCAGAUUACAGCUACUAGGUUCAAGGUCAAUAAUAACUCGGUCUUUGACCCAGCGCCCGAUUUUUUGCGAGCUCCUGGUGUUGAGCACGUCCGCACAUUUUCCCCACUAGAACUGAUUGGUACUGCCAUUCUUGUUUCGUAUCAUAUGGACACCCGGACAGACCAAGAGCUUCUAGAGGACGUAAAGGCGAUGCGGGUCUACCUUCGUCUCAACCAUAAGGACCUACGAGUCAAUGCACAGUGUUGGGUGACUGUCUGGGAAUUCGUAACGGAAGAGAUGUCCCGUCGACAAGUGAUCACGAACGGUCAUGCCAUUGGCCGUCCACCUCUCCCAAAUGGACAGCCUGUCAAUGGAGUCUCUGCCAGAGAUUCCCAGUAUGCUUCUCCGUACUCAACCCAUGUCACGAUCCUCCCGAUGACAGGUAGGCCUGUCGUAGUUACUGGAGCUGAAGUAGCUUCUGUUCCAUCCUCUGCUGCUGAUACAUCCGCCUCUGGUCUCACGAAUGGAAAUGCCCCAGUUGGAGAGGUUUCUCCAAGAGCCUCGAGUCCAGCUCUUCCUAAUGGAGAUACUGCUGCUCAAGACAACGAUAACCAACAAAUUGCUGCUGUGGGCGGCGAAGAAGCAAGUGCCAAUGGAGCUCAGACGAAGCGAGAUGCUAUAGUGAACCAUAAGCGUCGAAAGAGUUCAAACCCUGAUACUAAAGCUAAGGGCGAGAGAAAUACUGUGUCUAUUUCUAAAACUUCCAAUAACAGGCCUCGAUCCGCUAUCCAUGGGAUUAAAGACGAAGCAAAGACCAAGUCAACCACAAUCACGCCACCGAAACGCUCAACUAGAGCAUCAAGACCAAAUAAUAGUCCCAAUGGUACAAAGGCCGUGGAAGAGACCAAGCGAAGCCAUACCCCUCUUUCGAAGCGUGCCAACUCGUUGAAGACAGCUUCGCUCCCGUCAAAGAGGCUUAAGCAAGGAGUCUAG